AUGCCUAGAGUCAAGCAAAUUUGCUGCAUCGGUGCUGGAUACGUCGGCGGUCCUACCUGCGCCGUGAUUGCACUGAAAUGCCCUCACAUCCGGGUCACCAUUGUUGACUUGAACCAAGCCCGUAUCGAUGCCUGGAACUCGCCGGACUUCAACCUGCCCAUAUAUGAGCCUGGUCUGGAUGAUGUCGUUCGCAAGGCUCGCGGACGCAAUCUCUUCUUCAGCACCGAUGUCGAUAAGGGCAUCCAGGAUGCAGACCUCAUUUUCGUAUCUGUGAAUACUCCGACCAAGAAGAGCGGUGUCGGUGCUGGCUUUGCCGCAGACUUGAACUACGUCGAGCUCGCCACUCGGCGCAUUGCAGCUACCGCUACUUCAUCAAAGAUCGUCGUCGAGAAAUCUACCGUACCUUGCAGAACCGCGGAAUCCAUGCGCACUAUCUUGGAUGCCAACAGCAAGCCUAACGCACGCUUCGACAUACUCUCCAACCCCGAGUUCCUCGCUGAGGGGACCGCCAUCGACGAUCUCUUUGCUCCUGAUCGCGUGCUUAUCGGCUCUUUGCAGACCCCUGAGGGUAAGGAAGCGUGCGAGGCGCUCUGCGAGGUUUAUCGGAAUUGGGUACCAAAAGAAAGGAUUUUGACUGUUGGCCUGUGGUCUUCUGAGCUCUCGAAGCUAGCUGCAAACGCUAUGCUUGCGCAGCGCAUCAGCUCCAUCAACGCACUGUCCGCUAUCUGCGAAGCCACAGGCGCCAACAUCGCCGAGGUCGCUCACUCCAUCGGACAAGACUCACGCAUCGGCCCGAAAUUCCUUCGUGCAUCCGUUGGUUUCGGAGGUAGCUGUUUCCAGAAGGAUAUUCUCAAUCUUGUCUACCUAUCAGAGAGUCUUAAUUUGAAGGAAGUAGCUGAGUACUGGAAGCAGGUGGUGACGAUGAAUGAAUACCAGAAGAGGAGAUUCAGUAAGCGAGUUGUGGAUACCUUGUUCAACACCAUCACUGGCAAGCGCAUUGCUGUUCUUGGAUUCGCCUUCAAGGCCGACACGGGUGACACUCGUGAGUCAGCUGCCAUCACGCUUAUCCGCGACUUCCAGGAGGAAAAGGCCCUUGUCAACAUCUAUGACCCCCAAGUAAAGCAAGACCAAAUAUGGGCAGACCUCAACGAGGCUAGCCCUGACGUGUCACUUGCGACGAUCAAACGCCAAGUUUUCGUCUGCUCUUCUGCAUUGGAAGCCUGCAAAAAUGCUGAGGCAGUCGUCAUUGCCACCGAGUGGGCCGAAUUCAAGACAAUUGAUUGGCAAGCCGUGUACGCGGGUAUGAACAAGCCUGCAUUUGUCUUUGAUGGGCGGUUGCUUGUGGAUGCCGACAAGCUCAGGUCGAUCGGCUUCAAGGUGGGCCUUGGAUCCGGUGUCUGCCCGGAUAACGGUUACGAUACUAACGCUUAUUCUGUUCAGGUGACUGUCAUCGGCCGUGGCGAACGCCUCUAGAGCUACUCCAUUCCUUUCAGCCCCCGAAAAGGAUAUAUCAUCCAUAGGCCGGGCAUUUCGCCCACUUACCUUCUUACGAAAAGAGUGCUAAUAUCUGUUGUACCCUGAUAUCUUUUGUUCCCCCGGAUUGUACUGUCCCGGAUUGCGCGUUCUUGCAUGAAUCUAGAAACAUUGGCGAAUGAAAUUGAUGAUACCUUCUGAUUUCAUUUCUCCAUUAUAUGAUAGUGUGUAACAGGGGCAAGUCAUCAUACCGCCAAGUACCUAACAGCAAUGUUCCCCGCAACUUGCAUUCAUACCGACACGUCACAUUGAUGUCCUCCAGGAUGCGCAAGAGACAGAGAAGAAUAUGAAUUCAUGAUACAUGCCACACGACGCACAAUUAUCAAGUGGACGUAUACAUAACGACAAUAUCAAAUAUCAAAACA